AUGGCUCACUUCCCCACUGUCCUGUGCUUGCUGCUCCUGGGGCUGGCGGGGGCUCCUGGGGAGGCCGCAGAGGGCAAGAGCCCAGCAGAGGGGCAGCCGGAAGAGGUAGGGGCUCCCGGAGAGCCUGUGCUAGAGGACGAGGUCUUGGUCCUGACCCAACACAACUUUGCCCAAGCCCUGCACGAGCACCCGCUGCUCCUGGUGGAGUUCUACGCCCCGGGGUGCGGGCGCUGCCAGGCCCUGGCCCCUGAGUACGCAAAGGCGGCAGCAGCCCUGAAGAACGAGAGCUCCCCCUGGAGGCUGGCCAAGGUGGACUCGCUGGAGGAGCAGGCCCUGAGCGCGGAGUUUGGGGUCACCACCUACCCCGUCCUCAAACUGUUCAGAGACGGGAACCGCACCCACCCCACGGACUUCACGGGCCAGCCAGAUGCCGAGGGAAUCGUGAGAUGGCUGAAACGGAAAGCCGGGCCCAGCGCCGUGCUGCUGCAGGAUGCAGAAGAAGCCGCUGCGUUCCUGGAGGCCCACGCUGUGGCGGUCAUUGGAUUCUUUCAUGACCUGCAGGAUCCGGACGUGCGCCUCUUCUAUGAUGUGGCCAGUGAUGAGCCCGACGUGGCCUUCGCACUCACCGACUGCCAGGAGCUCUUCCAGAAAUACAACGCUACUGGUGGAGGCGACGUGGUCUCUCUUUUCCGGAAGCAUGACGAGCCCCGGGCAGACUUCCUGGUCGAUGAAGAGCUGGGCCUGGAUGCCGCUGAGCUGGCCCGAUUCAUCACGGUGCAGAGCCUGGCGGCGGUUAUGGAAUUUACAAGCAAGAACUCCUCCAAGAUAUUUGGGGCAAAGAUCCUCAACCAUCUGCUGCUCUUCCUCAACAAGACGGCGGACUCCCAGCUAGAGCUGUUGGACAGCUUCCAGGGGGCGGCGCCCGCCUUCCGGGGCCAGGUGCUGUUUGUCCUUGCGGACGUGAGCGGGGAAGGAGCCGGCGUGCUGCACUACUUCGGCCUCCAGGGCCAGGAUGCGCCCGCCAUCCGGUUCAUCAAUAUUGAGAGCAACACAAAAUACCGCCUGGCCCCCGAAGGGCUCAGCGCGGCCUCCCUCAGCACCUUCUGCUGGGACGUGCUUGAAGGCAAGGUCCAGCCCCACCUGAUGAGCGAGGAGCUCCCAGCUGACUGGGACAAGCGGCCGGUUAAAGUCCUGGUGGGCAAAAACUUUGAGCAGGUGGCCUUGGAUGAAACCAAAAACGUGUUUGUGAAGUUCUAUGCCCCCUGGUGCCCCCACUCCAAGGCCAUGGCCCCCGCCUGGGAGGAGCUGGGGGAGAAAUAUAAAGACCACGAGGACGUCGUCAUUGCUGAGAUAGACGGCACCGCCAACGAGGUGGCCGGACUCCCCGUCCCGGCCUACCCAACGCUCUACUACUUCCCUGCAGGACACGAGAAGAAGAUGACCGAGUACAGGAGCGACAGAGACCUGGAGAGCUUCUCGCGCUUCCUGGAGAGCGGAGGGGAGCUCCCUCCCCCGGAGGGCACAGCGGCUGCUGGAACUGGCAAGGAAGCAAAGGAGAACACCACGAACCCAGCCGAGGCCACAGAGCCACGCGAUGAACUGUAG